AUGCCAUUAGUACCGUUGAAUCAUACAGGUCCUUCAUUGUGCGUGAAAGUUUUGCCCUCUUUAGUCACUGGCAACGAUAAAUCUUCUAUAGAAGUUUGGAAUGCUCAAGGUCCGUAUUUAUUAAUCUAUACAUUCCCAGAAAAUAAGUUAAUACACAGAUGCCAAAUUUUCUCCAGAAAUAAAAUACAUGGUAUUUCUAUCAAUUCCCAAAAUGAGAUUUUGUUUUACGGUGGCUGCAAUUAUUUAGUCACCACUAGAAAUGAAAUAUUAAAACAACAAUCUGCCUUUAAUAAGAACUCAUUAGUUAAUAAAGAAAAGCGUUCCGGCUCUGAAUGGAUUAUUAGCGGUGAAAUAUCCAAUAAUUCCAAGUUAUAUUUAUUAACUUGUUACAACAAAGUCAUAAUGUAUGAUCUGGUACCAGCUACUGACGGUGACUGCAUUGACACUUUAUAUAUUGGAACAAAAGCUUUAUUUCAAGAAAGGUCAAUUUUAUAUUCAGGCUCAUUGAAAAUCAUACCUACAACUACUGAUAUUGAAAAUAUAGACAAUAAAGAGAAAGUAUUGGUCAAUGCAGGUACUGUUAUGGGCGGAAUAUUAAUAUGGGAUUGUUAUUUGGAAAAAUUAAUUCAUAAUUUGAAAGGCCAUGAGGGUUCUAUAUUUGACGUUGUGACUAGUGCUAAUACCAAAUUAGUGGCAAGUUGCUCCGAUGAUAGGACAAUUAGAUUAUGGGAUAAUGACUUCAGGUCUGGCAAGGAAUUGUCUGUUGCAUUUGGUCAUAGUGCAAGAAUUUGGAAGCUAAAAUUUAUCAACAAUGAUACCCAACUAAUCAGCACUUCUGAAGAUUGCACUGUGAAAGUCUGGGAUAUUAGGCAGGAUACACAUGAAUUGGUCCUACAAAAAACAUAUGAAGUUCACCAAUUAAAAAGUGUUUGGGGUUGCGAUUUUUGGAAUGAUUUUAUUUUUACUUGUGGUAAUGAUGGCAGAGUUAAAGUCACUAAAAUCAACGAGGAAAAAACAUUACAACAAUCUUCCCUGUUAACCUAUUCGCUUAAAGAAAUUUUAAAUAAUAAUGUUCCUGCUGUUGGUAAAUCUGAAAUUAUCAAAGGUUUCCACUGGUUUAAUAAACAUGGGUUGAUCAUUAUUACCUCGGAAGGUCGUGUUUUCCAAUUAAAGGUCACAGCUUUACAACAAGAACACUGCGGGACUUGGAUUUUUCUAUUUAGAAACCCAAGUUUCGAGAAUUAUUCAUUAACCCAUGGUUUGGAAGACUUGGAAACUGUGGUCUUUUCUAACAAUAAGGGUCAUUUACUAUUUUUAAAAUUGAAUAAAAAUGGGGAUCAUGAACAAUAUAAUCUUUAUGCACCCGUUGAAUUGUGUAAAGUAACUGGAUGUUUUUUCAAAUACACCGAUGGUAAGGUGUUUUGUUUAUAUGAGUCUCCGAAUUCUGAGGAACCCCUUGUACUAUUACAAAUUAAUUCCAGCGCAUUUAUCAUUGAAAAAGUCGUGCAAUUAAGGAAACCGAAAAUUUUUUUAUCAACGUGUUUUGAACUAUAUGAAAAUUUAUUGUUAGUUGGUUCCAGACAUAGCACUGUAGGUAUCUGGGAUUUAAAUAGCGUUGAAAUUGGCGGAUCUAGGCAUGUAUUGAUCAGAAAAUUAACACCUGGUGAUACUACUACAUCUAUAAGAUACACGGGGAAACAUUUAAAAAGUACUAAAGAAGAUAUUAAUACAGAUCGUGGUGAUCCUAUUUUUUCAAUAACUAACAGAGAUGGUUAUUAUAACUUUAUAAGUGUUAAUAACAGGUUUUCAACCUUGAAGUAUAAAAUUAUACAUUCCAACAAAAUAGUCCGUGGAUUUUUGGAAGACGGUAAUUUUGUGAUGAGUCCCAAUAAUACCAGUGACUUUGUGAUUAGUGGAUUUAAAUCCAAUAUUUUUCAUAUAUCUAAUGAAACUGGCAAUUAUGAAAUCAUUAAUGAGAUUUGUGGUGGUGCUCAUAGACAAUUGAAAUUAUUUGAAAUUUGUACCACUGAAACUAUUGGGACCAAUAGAUUUGAUAAAUUAUUGGUUUAUAUUAAAGCCAGUGUAUUACAUCUCAAAAAAAUUAAUACGAAUAUGAGUUUACAAACAUUAAAUAAUGGUACACAUGGUAAAGAAAUCAGAGAUAUAACAAUUAAACCAGUCAGUAAAAGCUUAACAGCCGAUACUUUAUUUAUAACCGGUAGUGAAGACACCACAUUGAAAUUGAGUAAAUUUGCUUCUGAUGCUAGCACACAUGGCUUUACAAACUUUUGGACCUUACGAGCACAUGUUUCCGGCUUACAAAAAGUUAAGUUUAUCAGUGAUAAUUUUGUAAUUUCUACUUCAGCCAGAGAAGAAUUGUUUCUAUGGGAAUUAAACGAAUCCACUGAUAACACUCCAUUUUUGAAUUUGGUUUGCAAAAUACCUGUCAUUUCCAAAAACAAUCCUGAUUUACGUAUUAUGGAUUUCGAUGUUUUAUUUAUUGAAAAUACUUUGAAUUCUGAACCUGAUGCUUCAAUAGAUGCUGACUUUGCCUUGGUUACGAUAUAUUCUGAUUCCAGUAUUAUAUUGUGGCAUUACAGUAACGCCUUACAGAAAUUCAACAAGUUGUUAGUAGGCAAAUAUGAAACUUGUUGUUUAUUAAAUGUUUCCCUAAGAAUUUUGAAUAACUCAAGUGUUUACAUUGUUGUUGCGCCGACAGAUGGAUACUUAGUAUAUUACAACGUCACCGAAUACAUUCCAUUUGGUGUUGUGCGGAGUAAUGGCAAAUUGGAGUUGAUGGAACCUUUUCAAGAAUACAAGAGUAUUGAAUUACCUCAUUACCAAGGUAGAAACCGUAUUCAUCAAUCGGGUAUUCGUGCAAUGGAAGUUUUUGUUCCAAAUGGUAAAAGUAACGAGUUUAUUGUAGUCACAGGUGGUGAUGAUAAUGGUUUAGGUGUUACUGUGUUUACCCUUGAUUCUACUACUGGCAAUGAUUUACUAUGUGUUAAAAACACCUUUUUUGAUCCAAAAGCUGCUUCAAGUACCAUUACUUCUAUAAACGUUAUAGAAAAUAAAAGUGACAAAGAUAAAAUUAACUUUUUAGUGUGCUCUAUUGAUCAAAAUUUAAGAUUAUGGGAAUUUGAUGGAAUUACUUAUAAGUUGAAGAUAAGUGAUAAGAAAUAUACUUCGAUUGCAGAUACGGGGUCAAGCGAUACGUAUAAUUCUAACUUUGCUUUAAUUGGUGGUGUUGGUUUAUCUUUGUGGAGUUUGUAA